GCGGAAGUAGGCUGAGACCUGCCUGGCGACGGCGCAGGGAGAAGAGGGGGGUCUGUCACACAAAAAGGUGGAGAUGGACGAUCCUGAAACGUGAUCGCCUGAGAUCCCUUCCGAUCCCAGCUGUUUCGCCUCAUUUCUGAUCUGUCCUGCGUCAAAACCUGGACUGCUUAGGGAGGAGCUUUCCUUGAGGUAUGGGUGCACUACAGUCUUCACCUGGUCAACCAGAGUACGUUGAUCUGGCGGAGAAGACCGGCUUUUCAUUUGAGCAGAUCGGAGUCCUGCACAAAAGAUUCAAGCAGUUGAGCCACAAUGAAGAAACUCUGCGGAGAGAUCACUUCAACAAAAUUCCAGAUCUAGCAUGCAAUCCCAUCCGUUCGCAGAUCAUAGAGGCCUUCUUUGACAGAAGAAACUUCUGUAAGAAUGGCGACGGUACAGUGGAGGAGAUCGGCUUCGAGGAGUUCCUGGUGGUCAUGUCCCAUUUCAGGCCCCCGUCGCUGCACAUGACGGAGGAGCAGCGUGAGAGCCUCAGGAGGGAGAAACUGAGAUUUUUAUUCAACAUGCACGACACAGACAACGAUGGGACGAUCACCCUGGAGGAGUACAGACAUGUGGUGGAGGAGCUGUUGUCGCUCAGCGGGGCACUGGGGAAGGACACAGCCAAAAGCAUUGCUGAUGCAGCCAUGUUGGAGGUGGCCAGUAUUUCAAUGGGCCACAUGGAACCGGAUGAAUUCUAUGAGGGAAUCACAUUUGAGCAUUUCCUGAAGUUGCUGAAUGGCUUUGAAAUUGAGUCAAGAAUGAACAUCCGCUUUCUGAAGAUGGACACAACAACCUUAUGCAAGUGAGGUUGGUACUCUGAACUGUGCAGUGACUCCAGGAGGACGCACAGUCAUGGUUUCACUCUAACACCAGUUUGUCGCUUGCAUUGAAUAUAUGCCUUACUCAUGUUUGAAUAACUAUGCAAAUUCAAAUAAUAUAUGCAUACUGCAGCUGCAUUAGGAGUAGUUUCUUGACUGUAAGCAAUAAUAUGAGAAAAUCAGUCAAAUAACAAUCAGCCUGUUAGAGGUUCAACAAAGCAAUAAUAAUAAUAAUAAUAAAAUAUCCAUGUCUGAAGUAGCAGACAGUAUGACUGUGUGCAUGCAAAUAUGGAUGCUUAAAGAACCUUUUAAAACUGUUAAUGCCAUAAAUCAAUAACUCAGUAAUCAGGGACAUGACGUUUGUCUUUAAAUAUAUCUAGAUGUGUCUAACAAUAGAAAUGCAAUAGUUUGAAAUGCCUUUUAUCCAUGUUACAAGUGUGACACUUGGCGCAUGCUCUGCACACUACAUUUGCACAAUAAAAGACCCCAUGGAACGGU